AUGUCGGCGCUUCAGACACCCCGUACUUUACACACCACGCUAGCGAACCACAAGGGGCCAGUCCAUGUUGCGCGAUACGCCAAAGGCAGUGCUAAGUAUGUCUUGACCGGCGGUCAAGAUCGCACUGUUCGGCUGUGGAAUCCGACACUAGGAACGGAAAUAAAAGUAUACUCCGCACACGGCUAUGAAGUCCUGUCCGUUGCUGUGUCGCAUGAUAACAGCAAGUUCGCCUCGUGUGGAGGGGACCGCUCCGUGUUUCUCUGGGAUGUCACUACCGGCCAGACGAUCAGAAGGUUUGCGGGUCAUAUGGGAAAAGUCAACACUGUUGAUUUCAAUGCUGAUGCAACCGUUCUGGUGAGCGGAUCCUUUGAUACGACGGUGAGGUUCUGGGACUUGCGCGCGCAGUCUUCACAGGCGAUCCAAACCUUGGAAGAGGCAGGGGAUGCAGUACAAACGCUCCAUGUCGGCGCUACCACUGUGCUCACUGGCUCAGUGGAUGGCUAUGUUCGUGCUUACGACUUGCGCAAAGGCGAACUGCGGUCCGAUUUUAUCGGUCAACCGGUGACUGCGGUUGUUCCGACGCAGGAUUAUGGCACAUACCUUGUCACGACCCUCGACUCCACAAUACGACUGAUGGACUCCGCAACCGGAAAGCUUCUCAAUAAAUUCGAGGGGCACGCAGUGGCCCAGUAUCGCUGUAGGGCCUGUUUUGGUCACGGAGAAGCCAGCGUACUGUGUGGCGAUGAAAGCGGGGCCGUUUGGGCCUGGGACCUGGUUGAUAGCAGUGUCCUUCCGCCCAAUCCUCCGGCAAAGGUGCACGAUAAGGUCAUCCUCUGGACAGAACAUCACCCCACAGAGGCUGGUGAAUUGAUCACCGCCAGCGCCGAUGGAACCGUCAAAGUGUGGAAGAAUCCCCCUUGAUAUAUUGACAUCUGAUUCGGGCGCGCGGCAUACGAUUUGUGACUGAGAGGGUUGAGUCUGAAGCGGUCGUGCAUGGCAUGCAGCUGAUAAAAGUCGCGCAAAGGGCAGUAUUGAGGAUACCCGCUACAUGUGCUAUCACUCCUAGUCGUGUCCCUGAAUUCGAUGUGCCCUGAAGGGUCACACAUGCAUAAUCAUUAAUAUACAUAUCUAUCAACGCGGUUCUAUCUGCCGUCAUGUACAGUAUGAGAAAAGGU